AUGCCAUUCCCCUGUAUCACUACCCACCCGCCCACACACCCCCACCCUGCAGUUGUGCGAGAGCUGGACGGAAUAAAGGAGGACAAGGAGAGGGAGAGGGGCGUGUAUGCCCGGCGGGCCCUGCGGCUGCUGAGGGACGCCCUGGCCAGCAGAGCUCCGUGGCUCAGAGCCCAGGGCGCGCACGAGAAGGCCCACGUGCAUGGAAUCAGCAGUGGCAGCGGUGGUGGUGGUGGCGGUGGCAGUGGUGGGAGCAGUCAGAGGCUUUCAGCUGAUGAUGAGGUGCUGUCCUGCUGCCUCUACUACCACCAGUUUGUGGCUCCUGGUGCUGUGGUGCUGCUUACUGGGGAUAUUGCACUGCAAGUCAAGGCACUUAUGGAAGGAGUGACUAUGGUUCACAAAGCGUCUGCUUUUGUGGCUGAGCGUGUGGGGUUUGCUCUAGCUGCUGCAAGGUGA